AUGGAGAAAUUAAAAGAAUUGGAAGAAAAAAGACAACGACUUAAAGAACUUCGAGAAAAGAGGAGUAAAUUUCCACAGACACCAAUUAGGCGUUACAAUGGUAUUUCAUCACGGACCAAUAGCGAGUCAAGGAUACCAUUGCGAUAUAAUGAAGUUUUACAUAAAAAUAAAGCUGUUGAAACUGUUUCUGUAGCUGUGCAAACAGAUGAGUCGUUUGAAUUAACACGGCAUUCGAAUCAUUUAUCUGAGAUUCUACAUGAUGAUAAACCAAAAAUAAUCACGUAUAGCAAGGGAAUUCAAACCGACAAUUAUGAAUCUGAUAAAGAAGAGAUACAGGAGCCAAUAAGGCAAGAGGAGAAAAGAGUACUAGAAGAAGAAGAAGAAGAAGAAGAAGAUUCUAACAAUAAACUUGAGGGAAAGGUGGUGGAAGAAGACCAUCCGAAGAUUCAAUUUUUGGAGCCAUUACUGAUUACAACAGAAGCGAAUACUUUAGUUACCAAUAAAAGUUUUGCUCGAGAAAAGAAUUAUUCAAAUAUACGGCCUUCACUAAAAGGUCAGUCAAAGAAUACAUCUUGCAAGCUGUUGGAUAAUUGGACUCUCGAUAUAGAAGCCAAUGAAAAUAUGAAAUUAUUUUGUGUUUCUAUUGAUUAUUUCCAAGGUUUAAUAUUAAUUUCAUAUCGAAGAACACCUAUUAAUCCACUUGACAUAAAGGAAACUAAUUGGUCCUUUGUGGAAGUUAUUCAAAGGGAAGGUAUGGUUGUUAUUGAUCGAUUAACAUUUAGAGGUCAAUCUCUUAUCGGUGGUCACUUUUUAGGCAAAUAUUGCAGAGAAGAUGGUGUAGAUGAGGGUAAAUAUAUUGUUAGUAUCCUAUUACGAACUUUGAAUGGUAAAACAAUUUUAUACGAAUUGAGAGCUGUAAAAGACAAACAAGAUAAGAAGAAGUAUGAAAGGAAUUUAAUUAUAAGAAAUUAUCAUAAUGCCCCUGUUUUUGGUAUUGAUGAAAUCAAAGCUGAUAACAUUAUUAAUGCUCGGAUAGUAAGCGGAAGUAAUAAUGGUAUUAUCAACGAGUUGAACUGUAUGAACCUGUCUUUCUAUGAAGACCCUACCAUGGUGCAUCGGAGUAGUACUCGAGGAAGAAUUCAUCAAACUCGUAUCGUUCCUCCCAAAUACACAGAAUUAAUUGCAUUACAAGAAAAAAUACAAGAUCAAUCGGGAGAUGAUCAGGAUGAGACGGAUGAUAUCGUUAGAGGAGAUCAACUAUUUUGUGAUCAUCUAGAUAAGGUGGUCCUAAACGAAGAAAUCUGUAUUACUUCAUUAACUGUGGCUCCUAAUAAUUCAGAUUGUGUCUAUUUGGGCGCUGAAGAUGGUGGGAUAUACAAAGUUCUAUUGAGUCGUACCAAUAUGGACGAUAAUAAUAAAUUACCAAUUUCCUUAAAUAACAACGGAUUUCUACCAAGAGUCAAUUUCCAUUCUAGUGAUGUAACCUCACUACGGUUCCAUCCACAGAACGAUGACCUACUAUGUUCAGGAUCCAUGGAUUGGAAUUGUCAUCUGUGGGACACUUUCAACAACGAUCUGAUAGACUCCAUCGAUCUCAAAGAGGAUGUUAUUGCUGUUCAAUGGUUACCAGACAGGGACACGUACAGAUGUUGUGUGUUAACAAUGUACAAUUUUUGCAUUGUUGAGUGGUCGUUGACUAGGGAAGACAGUAAAUGGGUCUCUCAAGCGCCACCCUCUAUCACCCAUACGAUCUCCAGCGAAGAGCUUGGGCAAAAAAUGUUUACCUCAUUCCACCUCUACGAUCAUGAGGGACUUAUGGUACUAGUCCUUGGUGGUUCCAGUGGCACUAUAUCAUUUCUGGAAUUAGCCGCCCGGCGAUAA